GCUGUAUUGGUUGAUAAAUAAUCGUAGGCAUUUUUUAAUUCUUGCGCUGAUGAUCAUUCCUAUCUUGUUUGCAUUGCAUUAAAGUAUUUCUAUAUUAAAUAUUGUAAAAAGUGACUAAUUUAGUAGCUAUUUUUUAAAGAAACUAAUAAAUAUGUCGAGUAAUUUCGACGGCUUUAGUCAAGAUGAGAUAAACAAAGUUUCCGGAGGCACCAAAAGCAGAAGUAAUCGAGGCCAACCAGUAGCGGAUGCAGCAGUAAAACCUGCAUUUCGUGGCCAACAUGGCGGUAUAAGACGCAUGCCAGAGAAGUGGUCACGAUCAAUUGAAUCUCAAAGAAAAAAAAUUACAAGCUCGCAGUCGACUAAACCAGCGCCAACGGUAAUGCUAAACGAAAAAUCCGAUGCAAGUAAACAUGUUGAAGCAGAAUGUAAUAUCUUGGAUAAAAUUAGUUUUGAUGACAGCAUGUCUAAAUCACUUGAGGAGGCGCUCUUCUGUCAACCACUACGAAAGUGUAGCGAAGCUUUAAAUGAACGCAAAACCAAUGGCACGAAUGCUGCCAAAGCAAAUACCAACGAAUUAGACGAUUCCUCGAUACUAAAGUUGCCGGAGUCUGUUAAUGAUGUAUCCUCGACCUCGACAAAUGACUCUUCCAUACUGCCCGCUCCUUCAUCAAAAAAAUCCACACCGACAACGGAGGAGCUCAAUACUGAUUCACCAUUUAAAGGGGUAUCGCUGCGGGAAUUCGAAACGCAACGCAAAUUAGUUGAGGAGCAAAACAAGCAAAAAAAGGAGUUACUACAUAAAGCUAUCGAGCUACACUCUCAGAAAACCGCAGCAGAAACACGAAAAAUUGCUGAAAUCAAGCAGGAACUUGCCAAAUUGGACGAUGAUCUGGCACUCGACGUCUCAAUUCUUCGCAAACAAAUUGACAAUGCAUGCAUAUAUUUUUCGCAAGUCGAAAAACAGUAUAUAAAAAUAGAGGCUCAGUUUUUGAAAGCAAAAAUAGAUUUGCAUAAUGCAGCGGAGAAAAAGGAGUUGCUGACCGAGCACCUAUGUACGGUGAUUGCGCAUAAUGAAGAUCGUAAGGCGCAAAAACUUUCGGAAUUGAUGCAGAAAGUAGGACUGACCGAAACAGGAGAAUUAGAAUUAGGAAUACAAAAUGAGUUGAAUGGUGAUAAUCACUAGAUGAAACUAUAACACAAUAACAUUGCCUCCCUGAAACCAAUAUAAUAUUACUAAACAAAAUAAUAGCUAUAUGUAGUGUAUAAAGUUAAACUUUAUAUUGUAUUUUAUUUAAUAUAUAUCAAAUGAAUUGGCUCCCAUAUUGAACAAAUUGUA